GGGCCUUCCUACGAGGUUUUCCUGAGUUUUCGAGGAGCAGACACCCGUCACGAGUUCACCGAUUUUCUUUACCGUGGCAUGAUUGAGGCCGGGAUACUUGUCUUCGGGGACAGUGAAUCCCUCCAUGUCGGCAAAAGGAUUGGCGAUGAACUUCUACGAGCAAUUGAGAGCUCCAAGAUCUACAUUCCCAUCUUCUCGAAGAAUUAUGCUUCAAGUCACUGGUGCCUCCGAGAGCUCGGACACAUGGUUGAGUGCACCUCCAAAUCGAACGGGAAUAAAGAGAUUUUGCCCAUUUUCUUGGAUGUGGAGCCCGAUGAUGUCAAGCUCAAAACAAACUUAUACAACAAAGCACUUUCGAAGCACCGGAAGAAGUUUUACACUGAAGUUGGAUCAUGGAAAAAAGCUCUUUUUGAGGUGGAUGGGAUAAAGGGAUGGAAUUGGAAGAAAGAUGAAAGCCAAGUAGAUGUGGUACAAUCCGUAAUUCAAACUGUGUUGGCUAAGCUGAAUGUCGGAUUUAAAAAGAAUGUGACCGAAGAUUUAGUCGGAGUUGAUGCUCGGGUAGAAGCUAUGAUCGAAAUGUUGCAUGUGGAAUCCGAUAACGUACGAUUUCUAGGGAUCCACGGAAUGGGCGGGAUUGGCAAAACCACACUUGCCAAGGUCAUGUUCAAUCAAUUGUCUUCUCACUUCGAAGGUUGCAAUUUCCUAUCGGACAUUGGAGAGACAUCGCGACGCCAUGGUAUGGUACAUUUGCAAAAAAAAUUGCUAUCCAAGUUCCCCGAUGCUCGUUCUAUUCUCGACCAAAUUGAUGAUGUGGAUGAUGGGACCAACAUGAUUAAGAGAGUACUUAGCAAAAAAAAAGUUCUAAUUGUUCUUGACGACGUGGAUGAGAAAGAGCAACUCAAAGGUUUAGCAGGAAAAGGUAAUUGGUUCGGUUCCGGUAGUAGGAUUAUCAUAACUACCAGGGACCAAAGUGUCCUAAUGAUUGAGGGAGAAGCAACGGGUGAAGGUCUUGUAGAAAAAUCUACAAAAAUCUCAACUUACGAAGUUGGUGAGAUGAAAUUUAGCCAUGCUCUUAAUCUUUUCAGUAGGCAUGCCUUUAGAAGAGAGUCUCCACCAAGUCAUUAUCUCUCCCUUUCAACAGAAGUUGUCUCUACGUUGGGAAAUCUUCCUUUAGCUGUUGAGAUUACUGGUUCAUCUCUUAAUGGCAAAUCCGAAGCAUUUUGGGAAGACACAUUGAAGAAGCUAAAAGAAGCUCCUCCUAAGGAAGUCCAAAGAAAAUUGAUGGUGACUUUUGAAAGGUUAGAUCAUGCACAAAGGCAAGUAUUUCUGGACAUAGCUUGUUUUUUUGUUAAUCGCGACAAAACAUACCCUUUCUACAUGUGGGAUAACUGUGGAUACUGCCCACACAAUGCCAUCGAGGUCCUCUUUCUCAUGUCCUUGGUAAAAAUUAGAGAUAACAACACAUUUUGGAUGCAUGAUCAAGUGCAGCAUCUUGGAAGGGAAAUUGUCCGUCAAGAGAAUCUCAAAGAUCCUCGCGAGCGUAGCAGAGUAUGGAAUUGUGAGGAAGCCCUGAGCAUUUUGAAGUCGAAAGAGGCGGCAAAGAAACUAAAAGUACUAAAUCUCAACCACUGCGACAACUUAAGGAGAACACCUGAAUUUUCUACGCUUGUGUCCUUAGAGAUAUUGAUUCUUUGUGGUUGUUCCGAGUUAAUUGAAAUUGACCCAUCCAUUGGUAAAUUAAAGCUCCUAAUUGCUUUGAACUUGGACGGAUGCACAUCUCUUCAAGAGUUGCCUGAAGAAAUAGGAUGUCUACAAGCUUUGACAAAAAUUGACCUACCUAAUACGCUACAUGAACUUCCGGAGAUAUUUGGUAAUUUGAAGUCAUUGUUGACCUUUGAUGUACCAAAUAGGCGGAUCAGCAAAUUGCCAUAUUCAAUUGGAGGGUUGGUGAAAAUUAGGCAAUUGGAUUUAUCGAAUUGUGCGCAGAUAAAGGAGCUUCCGGACUCGGUUGGGAAAUUACAAUCACUAGUCGAGUUGGAUUUGUCGGGGACAAGCAUCGAUCACCUACCCGAUUCAAUAGGAAAUUUGAAGCAGCUGAAAUUACUUAGGAUGAGUAACAGUGGGAUAACUAAUAUACCAACUGCGAUUGGGCUGGUGGAGAAGCUUGAAGAGUUAGACGCUCAUGACUGUUCCAAGUUAAUUGAAAUUGACCCAUCCAUCGGUAAAUUAAAGCUCCUAAUUGCUUUGAACUUGGGCGGAUGCACAUCUCUUCAAGAGUUGCCUGAAGAAAUAGGAUGUCUACAAGCUUUGACAAAAAUUGUCCUACCUAAUACGCUACAUGAACUUCCGGAGAUAUUUGGUAAUUUGAAGUCAUUGUUGACCUUUGAUGUACCAAAUAGGCAGAUCAGCAAAUUGCCAUAUUCAAUUGGAGGGCUGGUGAAAAUUAGGCGGUUGGAUUUAUCGAAUUGUGAGCAGAUAAAGGAGCUUCCAGACUCGAUUGGGAAAUUACAAUCACUAGUCGAGUUGAAUUUGUUAGGGACAAGCAUCGAUCACCUACCUGAUUCAAUAGGAAAUCUGAAGCAGCUGAAAUUACUAAAAUUGUCCUGCGAAAGGGUGAAAUUCCUUCCCCAACUUCCGUCUAGUGUAAGAGAGUUAGAACUUCGAAAUCUGACGACCACGCAAUCACUGGAUUUUUCCAAUUUGAAAAGCUUGUCUACCCUGGAAUUCUACAGUUGUUCGUUGUCAGAAUUUUCUGGUAUACAUGAUGCGGAGUUGGAGGUCCUCCAUAUGCGGAGGUGCUCGUUCGGCAAAUUGGACCCCCUGUUUCAGUUGGAAAUGAAAAGAUUGACAACUUUAAAGAUUCUUUGGUGCGAGUUCUUCCUCCCAAAAGUGCUUGAUCUGUCGCGCAUGAAGAAUAUGCAAAGGUUAGAUUUGUAUGGAUGCAAGUUGUUAGUCGAGAUUCGAGGCCUUGAAGAAUUGGGAUCCCUUUGCUCCCUAGAGGUCGUGGCUUGCAAGUCCAUGGAAAGGAUGCUAGACCUAUCGAAAUUGAGAAAGUUAAGGAAGCUCAGAAUAGGAAAAUGUCCAAAGCUAAGAAGCGUGGAAGGUCUAAACCACUUGAAAUCUUUAAAGGGGUUGUGGAUUCACGAUUGCUGCUCGUUGGAGAGUUUGGCUGACACCUCAAAUUUGGAUUUAGAAUUUUCCACAGUUUACGGUUGCGAGCAGUUGAGCGAGCAGUUGAACAACCAGGAUAGCUAUGGUAGAUGCAAUCACGCGUAUGAUAUGUUUCACGGAAUCAACGCAUUAUGUCCUGAAAGUUAG